UUUUCAGGAGCUGCCAACGUUCUACUAGUACUAAAUGAAGUUAACUGAGUAGUCUGUUUCUACAAAGUAGAGCCAGUCAUGGCUUGGGCCUUAUUCUUACAACAAGCUUCAGCUUAUGUUAUCGUCAUUUCUGUACUUUCCUCUUGUUUUCUAAACCCGGUUCUAGCUCAGUGUAAAAAUGCGCCAGUUAUUUUCAAUUUUGGUGAUUCUAACUCGGAUACGGGUGGACUCGUGGCCGGACUCGGGUACCCGAUUAACCUCCCAAAUGGUCGAACUUUCUUCCGCAGAUCAACUGGUCGUCUCUCUGAUGGUCGCCUCAUUCUUGAUUUUCUCUGUCAAAGUGUUAAUACAAGGUUCCUGAGCCCAUACCUAGACUCUGUGGGUUCCACUUUCUUGAAUGGAGCAAAUUUUGCUAUAGCAGGAUCUCGUUUACUGCCUAAGUAUGAACCGUUUGCAUUNAAUAUGUUCAUAUUGUUACAUCCAGGUUCUGGAAAUUUGGUUGGUGAUGAAGGAUUCCGCAAUGCUCUUUUUAUGAUAGAUAUUGGACAAAAUGACCUUGCCGAUUCAUUUGCUAGGAACAUGUCUUACACAGAAGUAGUCAAGAUGAUCCCUUCCUUUGUUACAGAGAUCAGGAAUGCAAUUCAGGUCAUAUAUUCUCAAGGAGGGCGGAAAUUUUGGGUCCACAACACUGGGCCACUAGGAUGCCUACCUCAAAAACUUACCCUGGUUCAGAAAGUUUCCUCUGAUCUUGAUCCACAUGGCUGUCUUGCAAGUUACAACUCUGCAGCAAAACUGUUCAAUGAAGGGCUGCGACAUGUGUGCCAAGAGUUGGGAUCUGAAAUGAAGGAUGCUACUAUUGUAUAUGUAGACAUAUAUGCUAUCAAAUAUGAUCUUAUAGCCAACUCCAGCAACUAUGGCUUCUCAAAUCCGUUAAUGGCAUGUUGUGGCUACGGAGGACCUCCAUACAACUACCGUAAAGGAGUGACAUGUGGUCACCCCGGUUAUCAGGUUUGCAGUGAAGGGUCUGAGUUCAUAAGUUGGGAUGGAGUUCAUUAUACUGAGGCAGCUAACAGAGUUAUAGCCUCUAAGAUACUGUCCACAGAGUAUUCCACUCCGCGAAUCGGCUUUGAUUUCUUCUGCCAUUGAUAGUUCAUUGCAAGAAUAAAGUGCAAGCUUAUCUUAGUUGCUGCAGAGAGAAUGGUGAAAAUUCUUUGAAGAAAAAGAAUAGUAAAAAGAUUCCGUUCUGAGUUCAUAUUGCUGUUCAUAGAAAGAGGCCAAGGUGAACUCUUUGCUCUUCGUUUUGAAGUCAUGAUUCCCUAACACUAUUUGUCUCAAUCCACGUCUCCCCGUGAUUUUAGGCAUGUAUUAACUUAUUUUGUAGCUGUGUAUUAUUUAUGAUAUCAAAGCAUUUAAGUCUGUGUUUUCUUUAGUUUUCUUGCAAGUAAUUCAUAUCAUGAUGUCUUCUAGUUGACAUAUUCCAAAAUAUAACAUUGACAUACUCAUUAGUGUUGGUUUUUUUCUUUUUUC